AUGGCGGGCGCUUCCUCGAAGACCAGAGUCGUAUUGUUAAGUUGCGGAUCUUUCAAUCCCAUCACUUUUCUUCACCUCAGAAUGUUCGGUAAUGAUAUAGCGAAGAAUCAAUAUUCUUUGUAUGUGUCUUUGCCAUUUUGGUCUGUUUCCGAUGUCAAUAUUUUGCUUUCACAAUUGUUUGUUGAUCUGACAGAAUUAGCGAGAGAUGCACUUCACACAACAGGGAUUUACUCAGUUAUCAGGGGAUUUAUAUCUCCAGUAAAUGAUGGAUACAAAAAGAAGGUUGGUGAAUUUUAGAUCUUUUACGAUUUCAGUCAGGUUAGGUUUACCUGAACUUAACCUAGCCAUUAUUUGCAUGUAAGCUGAUAAAAAUUUGAUUUGCAAUUGCUUCCGUUUUAUUUGUAAAUAUUUGCUCGAAAUGCCUUUGAUUACAGCCUGUUUCCGCCACCAUUUAACAUUUAUGCAUAACUCAAAGAGUUUGUUUCGACGCCUACUUCUUGCUCUUGUUUGGAGGAAAAAAAUCGAGGUGAAAAAACACACUAAGCCCGGCUUUUAGUGUUCUUACGAGAACGUGUGGGUGGGUGGGGGUGGAGUGUUGGAGGUGAGGCCGAGGUUACAAACUCUUCGAAAUUUUUCACAUCGGGCCUUUCUCCUUACCGCAAAUUUUCAUAUUAAAUGAGAACCAAAAUUUUGUUUUCUAAGUACAAAUAUCCCAUACAGUCUAGUUACAGUGUAACUGGUAUUAUAAAUUUCUUUCACCUCCCUACGUAAUAUGUAGUAGGGUUUCCCCACUCUCCCCACCCUAAAGAAAUUCAUGUUAGAAAACGUAUGUAAAGAACAGUUUCCAAAAACAAAACUGUGCCAUGUGACUGCUGGUUAACUCAUAUUUGGACAUACAUAUGUAAUCAAAGAAAAACAAGGUUUCAUUUCCCUUUUCAGUUAAAAAAAAACAACACCAACAACCUUUACCAUAUACAAUUUCACCAAUCUGUGCUUUUAUGGAGAACAAAUCACUGUCCUGUUAUGAUUAUCCAGUCUAGAGGUGUAAUUUCCAACAAUAAAUUUUGGGGCCUCCAUGUGGGUGUUAACCUACAGAACUGAUCUAUUUUGUUGCACAUUUCCAUCAAAUCAUCAGUUUUUCUGGGAAAAUUGUUGAAUAUGAGCAAUUUUUUGUGUAGUAGCGCUACUAGCAAGCUCUGUGCAACCACAACAAUGACAGAAACUAGAAAAAUAAAUAAGCGAAACAAACAUUCUGAACGUGCAGCAUAUUAAUUAUUUUUUUGGCAGUUUUCUUUGCUCUUAUUGUAAGACAACAGAGAACAAGCUAAGAGAGCAAAUCCCUGUGCCCCAUGAUAAUUUUUUUAAAUCUAUGUAAAGUGCGCGCGUGUGCUGCGUAGGUUAUUUUUAUCUGUUGUUUCCGUGGCCCGCAUGGUCUUCGUUCAUGUAAACGUCACAUGUUUGGCUGUCAAACAUUUGAAGUUUGACAGCCAUCAUAGUAAUUAGCGCCAGGAGCCGAUACCAUCGGCUCUUGUUGUUGACCUGUUUUGGAUCAGCACGUUCCGCUCAUAAUUUAGGAAUGAAUUUCAUUUACAAAGGGAUUGCAGUAUUGGAGUCAAAAUUUCACUUUGAGAUUAAAGAUUGAGAUUUUUUAAAGUAACGAAUUUAAAGUAACAAAUGUUGAAUUCUGACACACUGUGAAAGCCAAAGGCAAAGGUUAUCAUGUGCGAAACACAAAACCUUUAAUAGGUGGCUGGCUUCAAUUGUUUAUGCAAAUUGCAAGAUAUUUUUUGUCUUUUUCCAGGAAUGUUUUUCUUUCAGAAACAAUACAGUUACUUUUAAGAAUUAUUCUUAAGAGUUUCAAACUGCAUUACUUCUACUUAACACCCAAUACUUGUGAUGAAUAUUUCGCCCUGCGAACACAAAUCAGGUCAGAUGCUUCAAGCUGUUAGACAAUCACUAACCUGGAUGCCAGAGACUUCUUAUGCGCGGUUUCCGGUUUUGGUCAAUUCUUUAUAGUGAGCGGUGUGCCCACAUUUGUCUAGCACCCUCUCAAAAUUCAAAUGUUUGGCGGCCAAACAUUCAUGAAUGUUUGAACCCACUUUGAGCCUAUUUUCUCGUUACAUGUCCAUGGUUGGAUCUAAACUACGGUAUCACAGCUCGCGUGUGUGCAUGGAUGUCACAGGAGGUGACAGUUGUCGUUUUUGUACAAUGUUUUAAAAUGAUGUAGCGAAGACCUCAAUUACCAAUUUCCGUCGAGUCGGAACCGCUUUCUCUAGCGAACUUCCACAAGCCAGGACCGUUUUGCUCUUUGGCAACUACUCUGGCCAGAUUUUUCCACAUAGAAAUCAUAUGACUUGUCGGCGAAUGGCGAAAGUAAUACCAAGUUUGCAUGUCAUAUUGCUUGCUGUGUGUGAUCAGCAGUGAAAUGAAUUACCCGCCAAGUUUAAAAUUACAUGACGCCACUCAAACGGACCAAUAAGGUAGCGUCCUUAAAACAACCACGCAGUAUGACACAUGCAGAACCAAGAAUAGAUUGAAAAUAAUUUUCAUGGAAAGAGGGUCAUGUAUCGGGGAUUUGCUCUCUUAGAUCAUUCUCUCUUGUGUAAGACUAUUACUUUUACUGUGAUUGAAAACAGAAAUGGUGAUGCGAUCAUCGCUUCAAUCUUUAAGAUCAUGGCUUCAUCAAUGACGAUCGUCCCGACUUCAAUUUCAUCAGAAAUACCUACUUGUAAACAGAGGCAGACAGAAGUUUUAUGUACUGGAAUAACAGCGAAGAUACAGUGUAAAGUAAUGUGAAUUAAUGCAUGCUUGUUACAUGUAUGUAGGACCUUAUCAAAUCAGAGCAUAGAGUACAAAUGUGCAAGCUGGGAGUCGGAACAUCUGACUGGAUCAGGUAAAAAUGACAGUGUUGUACAUGUACUUAUGAUUCUAACCUUUAAGGGAAAUAAGACAAGGGUUUGAGUUAUCAGGAAUUGUAAUUAUCAGGGAUAGCAACAAAAUAAUAAUGUGCACAUAUUUGACUCCAGGGGCCAGUGUUUCUCAAAAAGGUUGGCUAAUUUUUUUGGCCCAAAAGCAAAUUUUGAAAUCAAGACCUGUUGAAUAGCAGCACAGUUCCUAAGCUCACAAACCCGAGUCAAUUUUGCUUGGUCAAUAAUGAUAACCUCAUUUGUCUAACCAAAAACAUUGGUUAAAAGAACUAUAAUUGGUCAUGUUCGCAAAAUAAGGUGAGCCAAUGAAGGAUAGCUGUCAACAAAAAAGGGAUUUGUCGCCUGACAAAAAAUAGUAGGCCACCAAAUCUUCUGAAAAGAAUCUUUGAAUUUUGGUGAGAGUAGAGAAAACUUUGUUAGGUAAAAAAAAUGUGCGCACUAGAAAAUAUUGGCUUCCUGUUGACAGAUUUUUUUGCAAUACAAACAAAAUUUUGCUUUAAUAGUGCAAACACUGGGCCUUUGAUAUUGAAUGCAAACACAGCAAUUUAACAUAAAACAGCUUUCCAGCCCCAUAAAGUUAGCGGGAGUUUGAGAAAUUGGCCCCUGCAACAACAACAUAUUUAUCAAAAUAUUUACAAUGAAGAAUCAGCAAAAAACAAAGUAAAAAUUAUUGAAAGAGAAUAAUUUAAAAACUGUUGCAAAGCAUCCUGUGUGACAGGAAUUCAACGGGGGAAAGGGAGAGAUGAGGGCAGCUUCAGGUUCUUGGGUGUCUGAAUUUCUCCUUCCCCUUCUGGCAGUACUUGUUCCUCAGGCCGACAGAGAAGAUACGAGGCAAACUAUUAGUGGGUCCAGAAUGCACAUUCUGUUUAUCUUAGGUACACAUUUUAAGCCUGGUUUCCAUAUGAUCACUAUGAUGACUGUGAUCGCUGUAGAAAAAGUUCAGUGAUAGAAGCAAUCAUAUGGAAACCAUACUCUCCAGUGAUUGCGAUCACAGUGAUAACAAUCCCUGAGAUAGAAAAAGUGAUCAUUGUUGCUGUGAUUGCUGUGAUCACUGGAGAGUGGUUUCCAUAUGAUUGCUUAAUCUAUCACUAAACUUUUUUUAAAGCAAUCACAGAAAUCGCAGCAGUCUUAGCAACCAUAUGAAACCAGGCUUUACGGAAAGACUAGUUACAUAAUUUCAUUUGGAAGAUUCAUUCCCUGCCUCUGUUAUUGUAUUUUGGAUAUGUAAAAGGCACAUCAAAGUUGAGUUUUUCUGUUCCUUUUGUGACAGGGUUCAUGACUGGGAAAGCAAACAGCCAGGCUGGCUAGAGACAAUGAAAGUUCUUACUCACAUAACAGAUGAAGUACAGAAUGAUUUUCCAGGUUAGAGCUAGCUAUCAUUGUUGUUUUUGGUACUGUCACUUAGAAUGAUCGAUCCAUUUGGCACAAGGUCCAAUAAAGAGGUGUCCAUCUCAUGCUGGCUUCAUCAGAAAAUUUUAAGUACUAAACAGUGGAAACGUGCUCUAUGGACACCCACUUACUACGGAAAUUAUAGUAGAGGAAGAAUAGAACUAAAACGAAAUUCAUAGCGGUUUGAUAUUCCCUUCCUUCUCGUGUACAAUGCAUGUCCCAGACAACUUGAAAUCUUACUAUCAGCCCUGCACAAGGACCAGCUGGCUUGGUUAAGAGAUACCUCAGUGAAAGUUGUGUUCUGUUUUCCUUGCAAUUGAAACUGUUGAUGUUUACGAAUUUGCUUUGAAUUGGCUGGUAAUAGCUCAUUUUUCAUAUAGAGGAUUUUGGCAGAACCUGUAGACAAGUUUUCCCAGUUUUAUUUGAACACUUUAAAUUGAUGGGCUGGCAUGUAAAUUCAUUUGUACAUUUGGGACGAAUGUUAAAGCAUCAAUCAAAAUAAUUUAUUUUUGAACGGUGGCCAAACACAAUGACCGGCCAAAGGAAUUUCUGCUCAGUGAAGCCUCAUUGUUGAACAGUCAAAAUAUUGGGCAAAAAAAUGUUGUGUAAUUUUCUAUCAGUAAACGUGAUUGCAUUUUUACAAUUUAAGAGACAAAAUCUAACGUUUACUGGGUUAGAAUAAGAGAGUGUGUCACCAGUUAACCCUCUAAGUCUGAAUAUCCACUCACAAAUUCUCCAAACAGAUCUCCAUACAUUUCCUUACAGAAUUAGUGGUGAGAAUUUGUUCAAAGAUCAAAGCAUUUUCCCUUAGGUGAUCAUUUUAUUUAUUCUCAUAAACUUUUCUUUUAAUUAUGUAUUGAUAUAUUUGUUAGAAGAAAAUUGACGUUGCAUGUAUAGUGAAGUUUUUGGCCUGUCAUGAUCAAGAUGUCAUUCUGGCCGCCCAUUGUCCAUUGACUGGCCAUUGUUUUGAGCCCUAAGUAAGGUGCAAGUCUCUUAACCCCUUGCCUACCAGAGCCAAAUACACCCAGCAACUGGCAGCCAUUUCUCAACGACCGGGGUUUUUUUAUUCAAGACAACUCGAACGACUGGGCUGUUGGUAAUUUCAUUUGUCUGAGGAUUAUACAAUAUACGUCCUCAGUCGCUGAGCGACCUCACACAGGACUUACCUGUUGUAUAUAUAUAUAUGUCCUUGGCAGACAAGGGGAUUAAAAGGUUAUUAUGAAACUUAGGUUAACCUUAAUCUUCUCACUAACCCAGUUAUUGGGCUCAUUUCAACAGGCCUUUAGUGGGCCCUUGACAGUCAUACCAAACAUCAUUUCACAGGCCCAAGUCCUGUUGUUGUGAAGUUGCUUUGUGGAGCUGAUCUUUUAGAAUCAUUUGCUGUUCCAAAUUUGUGGAAAGAUGAAGAUGUAAGUCCUAGCAGGGUGGGGGGUGUGGGAGUGGUGGGAAGGAAGUGAGGAGACUGGAGUGACAGCCAAAAAAUAUAUGAACAUCACAUAGAAUAUAUGAAACAUCAAGCAACAGUGAAGUCAGGUCCUAAAAAGUAACCUUGUUUUCUAAAUGAAAAUAAUGCUUUGAAUGAUAAAACCAUUAAAUGCAUAACAGAGGCCCUCAGUAUCAAUAAAAUAGGAUGUACUGUAAGUGCUUGAAAUAGCGCACAGGGUGUUUAACUAUUCGAUUUCCUGACUCGAGAAGGGCGAGCUAAUUUGAAGGGGCUACCAUAAGUUCUAACUUUUUUUGACGUUACCUAUUGUUUGUUGAUGACAUCUUUUAUUAUAACCUUCCUGCCAACAGAUUGAAAAAAUUGUGGGAAAACAUGGUCUUGUUGUGAUAUCGCGGGCAGGAUCAAAUCCAGAGUCUUUCAUCUACGAGUCAGACGUUCUUACAAAGUUCAAAGUAAGCAACUUAAUUAAGUUGUAGUAAGGACAGUUUUAACAGUUUUAUCACAUGUAUUAGAAGUAUGUAGAUGACUUUAUGCACUUGUUUCAGAGUCGCGAAGGAAAAAAGUAUACUUGACAACUGGCUCAUUCCCUUACAUGGGAGUAUGAUUAUAUGAUCAUUUUUUUAAAACAAGAAUCUGUCUUUACUAUUUUACUGGUCCACAGAAUAACAUUCAUAUUGUCACGGAGUGGAUAGCAAAUGAUGUUAGUGCUACAAAAAUAAGGUAAAAAAUUAAUGGUAUGUUGUUGUCAAAAAAAUACAUAUCGUAAUGAUUCCAUCUAUAUUAGCUGCAUCCCAGGAUGUUUUUACUUUGAUACGACAAGGGAUUAGAAGGCACUUUAACUCGAAAACCAUGGGUUUAUGUCUUGUUUGAGAAACAGCCAAAUGUGUAUAUUUACAACACUGAUAUUUAUUUUAAAAGUUAAACUACCGUAAAUCCUCUAUUAAGCCCCCCUGGGGGCUUUUUAUUUCAAGCCCAUUUGAGCGGGGGGAGGCUUAAUAGAGACGGAGGGCUUAUUUAAUUUAGAAACGAAGAUGGAAUCAGUUCUCCAUAGAGAACUAGAAUACAAAGUGGAAAAGCUCAAGUACAAGAAGUUUUAGGCCAUGCAGCUGAGGAUCAGAAUCAAGUCCAGUUGGUAAAUAAACCAUCCCAGAUCAGUCCACACAAUGUUUCACUGUCGUGAUUGAUUAAUACAGUCUAUCAUUAAUUUAUUACUGAAAAAUAAUUAGGGGUGGGGAAGUGGGGCUUAAGAGAGAGGGGGGCUUAUUAACUUUCUUCCCCUGAAAAGGGGGGCUUAUUUGAGAGGGGAGCUUAAUAGAACAUUUAUGGUAACAAAUUUACUGUGAAUAAAUUAUUCACUUAAUAAUGGUAGAGAAUUUUUGAAACUCACUAGUCUAUUCAACAUCGAUAGCUUCAGUCAGCGGUCACUUUCAUUAAUAAGCUUCUUGUACGUCUAAUUCAGGAAGACAAAGGGAUCUUUCCUGGGGAUCAUUGUCGCCUGAUUUGCUUAUGGCUUGAUAUUCUACUGUCUUGAUCUCAAUGUAAUAUUGUCUUUAUUUCCUUUUUGUCAGGAGGUCUUUAAGAAGAGGUGAAAGUGUGAAAUAUCUGAUACCGGAUGAAGUGAUUGACUACAUUAAAGCAAAUAACCUGUACCCUUCUACAAAGUAA